AUGCCACCCAACAACAAGUCUCUCUCGCCCGCUGCUAAACAGCAGCUCAUCCUUGAUCAUAUCCGGUCCACCCGCACCUGCCACACGCUGAAAGACCUCGAGAAGAUGCUCCCGUCCGUGGCGUCCAUCAAUGGGAUGCAGGUGAAGGACUACGUGCAAGCGCUGGUGGACGACAACAAGGUGCGCAUGGAGAAGAUCGGGAGCGUGAACUGGUACUGGAGCUUCCCAAGCGAGGAGAGACGCGAACGGGAACAGGUCAAAGAGCGAUUGACCAAGGAGCUGGGGCGGGUGCAAAAGACGAUCGAGGAAUUAGAGAUGGAAUUGCAGGAGAGGAUUGCUGCUACCAAGGGAGCUGACGGCGGCGACAACGACGAUGAUGAGAAUGUCGCUGCAGCAGAAGCAGAAGCAGCUCAGAGGGAAAUUCUCAUGCAAAGAAGAGAUACGCUGCUGGCGGAGGUGAGAAGAAUUCGAGCGGACGAGGACGCCCUUUUGGCGGGCGGAGCAGCGGGCGUGGAGAGGAAGAAGGAGGAGAUAAAGGCCUGGAAGCAAGAAGCAUCCAUGUGGACCGAUAACAUAUACAUUCUGGAGCAGUAUCUGACCAAGCUGGCGGGUGGGGAUCGCGAUCUUGUGGAAGCAGUGAAGCGGGAGUGCUACGGCGAUGAAUAUGAGGAAGGAGAAGGGCUAAGGGAACUAGAUAUUUAG